AUGUCCAAACCCACCAAGUCGCGCGACCUCAUCACCGCCAGCUUCACGCACUUCCGCGACGACCCGUUCUCGUUCCUGCGCGAGAUCUCACUGCACUAUUCCGGCACGGGCUGGCGCGCGUACGACGCCCCCAUCGGGCAGAAGGUCUUCUACAAGGGCUUCAGCGAGGAGAUGAAGGCGCGCGUCCUGCGCAGCCCCAUGCUCGUGCGCAAGCUGAGGGAGCUGGCGGAGCGAAGGGUCGCCGUGGAGGAGGGGAUGGGGCUGUUUGAGGGCGACAUUGGCAGUGGGAGGAGUGCGGCGAGACGCUGCGAGGUGGAGAGGCAGUUGGGCGAGGUGACGGACCGGAUUGUGGAUGACAUGAUUUGUAAGUUUGAGAGCAAGGGGUUUAUUAGGGGCGCCUACUUCCUCGUCGUUCAACUCCUCGCCCGCGCCUACCACCAGGGCAUCCACGUCUCCACCCACGAGAUCCACCACCUCCGGCACAUCGCCGCCCUCGCCGCCCCCCGCCACCAAUCCCUCAUCUUCCUCCCCUGCCACCGCUCCCACAUCGACUACGUCUCCCUACAAGUAAUCUGCUACCGCCUCGGCCUCACGCUCCCCGUCGUCGUCGCUGGCGACAACCUCAACUUCCCCCUCGUCGGCCCGUUCCUCCAGCACGCGGGCGCAAUGUACAUCCGCCGCACCUUUGCCGGCGACGAGGUCUACACGGCCACGGUCCAGGCCUACAUCGACACGCUGCUGACGCAGGGCUACAACUUCGAGUGCUUCAUCGAGGGCGGCCGCUCACGCACGGGAAAGCUCCUCCCGCCCAAAUUCGGCAUCCUGAGCUUCAUCCUCGACUCCAUCCUCAGCGGCCGCGUCAAGGACGCAUACGUCAUCCCCGUCAGCACGCAGUACGACAAGGUCAUCGAGACCGAGGCCUACGUCAGCGAGCUCCUCGGAAUCCCAAAGGUGAAAGAGAACCUGUGGGACUUUCUCAGCAGCUCAAAAUUCCUAAACCUCAACAUGGGCCGCGUGGACGUGCGCUUCCACGAGCCGUGGUCGCUGCGCGACUUUGUCGAGUCGCAGAUUGUGAAGGCGGCCGCGGAGUCGACGGCGCCGGCGGGGACGCCGGUGGAUCGCGAUGCGCCGGAGGUGAGGCUGAGGGUGCUGCGGUCGCUGGGCUAUCGCGUGCUCGGCGAUAUCAACCGCGUGUCGGUGGUGAUGCCGACGUCGCUCAUUGGCACGAUCCUGCUGACGCUGCGCGGCCGCGGCGUGGGCAUGUCGGAGCUCGUGCGGCGGAUCGAGUGGCUGCGCGGGCGGAUCCGGGCCAAGGGCGGGAGGGUGGCGGACUUUGGCGCGCUCGACACGGAGAUGGUUGUUGAGCGCGGGUUAGAGGUUCUGGGCGGGCUGGUGGGUCGGGUGGAUGGGCUGGCCGAGGAGACGUUCUAUGCCGUGGAUCGCUUCCAGUUGUCGUUUUAUCGCAACAUGGUCAUACACUUGUUUAUUUCCGAGACGAUUGUGGCGGCGGCGAUGUAUACGCGGGUGAAGCAGGGCGGCGGGCCGUCGAAUCAGAGGGUCGAGUAUAGGAACCUGCUGGAGCAGGUGGCGUUCCUGUCGCAGCUGUUUCGCGGCGAGUUUGUGUUUCCGACGGAGGGGAUCAAGACGAACCUCGAGAAGACGGUGCGCGGGCUGCAGGACGACGGCGUCAUCAAUGUUGGCCCCCCCGCCGCCGCCGCUACUACUACCGCUGCUGACGGCGGUGAUGGUGGUGAUGGCGGGUCGGGGAUUGGCUAUGUGGAGCUCAGCGAGCAGGAGCGCAGGUGCGGCCGCGAGAACUUUGACUUCUACUGCUUCCUCAUCUGGCCGUUUAUUGAGAGCAGCUGGCUGGCGGGCGUGGCCAUCAUUGGCCUCACGCCGCCGGAGGGAAUGGACGAUGUGUGGGUUGGCCUCACGCAGGCGCAGGAUAUGGCGCAGCUCAUGGGCAAAACACUCUACCACCAAGGCGACCUCAGCUACUUCGAAGCCGUCAACAAAGAGACGCUCAAAAACGCAUUCCAGCGGUUCCAAGAAGAAGGGAUCCUCCUCGUCAGGGGCUCGAAGGCAGCAGCGCGGUGCCAUAUCGCGCCGGAGUGGAUGCCGAAGUGGGGCGACGAGGGGAGGAUCGCGGAGGGUGGGCGGCUGUGGGCGUUUGUGGAGAGGAUUGCGGUGUCGAGGAGGGAGGGGAAGAACCGCAGGGAUAAUGCGAGUGUGUCGACAAGGGUGCUGGGGCUGGCGGCAAGGUGUGGGAGGGAGCUGUUUGUAAAGGGGAAGGGGGAGGGGGUGGUAGUGGAGGAGGAGGAGGGGGUGGGGGAGGUGAAGAGGGGGAGGAGGAGGGGGAGGGCGAAGUUGUAG